AUGAGAAUCUUUUCAGCCUCCAGCAUCACGCGUCGGGAAUCUCGCAACAAGUGGCUAGCUGCCGCGGAGGCAGCAGCGAGAGGGACCGUGGAAAGAGAAACCCAGAAGUCGAAUGCCGAACCAAAGCGCUACCUUGUUGACGGAAUGGAAAUUCUUAUGUCAACAUCCCCCGCAGUACCAGGUCAUGGUAUUGUUCAAUUUAAAGGGUUGGUGGAAGGCACAGCAGUGCGCGGACGCAGCGUCUUGGAGAUCUGGCGCCAACAACUGCAACAGCAGCUCGGCGGUGAGCAACAGUUGCUGCACGACUUGCUACAAGAAACUCGAACCUCUGCAUUGCAGCGCCUUGCAGAAGCGGCAGCAGCCGUUGGGGCUAACGCAGUCGUGAGCGUUCGACUGGUAACCUCGGGUUUGCAGCGAAUGCACGUUGAAUAUACGGCGUAUGGCACAGCCGUCAGGAUAGCGAAGUCAGCUGCUGCGUCUUCCAACUAA